AUGGGACUUCUUCUCGGCCUUCUAUCGUUGUUCUAUGUGUUUCGAUGGUGUCCACGCCCUCUACGAUCUUUAAUUCAACAAAGAUUUGGUCAUCAAUAUCGUAUAGAUGGUCCCAAUUGUCGACAAUCAAAUCUUUUUGAAAAGCCAAAAAAUUCGAAAAGAACUAUAGUACCUGAAGGUACAUAUCAAUAUCGACAACAAUAUAUUAAAAAUAAUAAUGAUAAGUCAAUUAAUCGACCUAGAAUUACAUCAAUGGAAAAUACACUACUUUCUUCAAGUGAACCAUUUUUUGAUAAGUCAUUAUCAUCAAUUGAAUUUCGUUCAUCAACAACAAAAGCGACAUUAUUUGGUUCGCCGUCAAGAGCUAGUCUACUGCCAGCUGAAAAUAUUUCAUUUAUCGCAUCACCAAUUACUCCACUUGAUUCUUCCAAACAUCAUUAUGAUUCAAUUCUAUUGCAAAAAUAUUCAAUGCAGAUUCAAUCACAACGAGUAUGA